GAGAAACAGUCGUGAGCGAGGGUGGCUCUUCUGCGUAUCGUUCCUCCACAUCUGAGAGCCACCAUAAACGCGAUGAGGUGCGCAAACUCGGUAUGGGAUAGCUCGCCAGCCAUACACUCGACGGACAGACUUGUUUUCAAACAGUCAUCCGGAUUGCGUGGGUGCCUCGUGGUCGUUCGACGACUGCACGGAACCGCAGGAGAACCGUUUUGUGUCAACGGACCACGGGGAAGCAAUGACAUCGAGGAAGAUGGAUGGAAAUGAGAAUUCGGACGGUUCAUAUCGUUAUUGACCGAUAUCUCGCCGGAUCUGGUGCAUUCGAAAGUGAGCAAAGAGUUAGAUUUUUGCCCGCGGCUAUCGUAUCGAUAGAUAGACAGAUAGAUAGAUAUCGAGGGAUCGCGCGAUAUUGCCGUGCGAGGGAACAAUAGAGUGAAUUUCGAUGGAUUUCAGUGUAUCAGGAAAGGUUGGAAAGCUGAUUGAAAAUUUCUAUCGGUGAUUCGCUGCUACUUGCCAAGGAGCGCGCUUCGAUCGGUUUAUUCAAGGGGGAUACGUGAAGAAGAGAGAAGGAUUCGAGUCGGGUGGAUUAUAGUUAGAAUUUUUGUACGAAUCGAUGAAACGUGUUUCCGAGAAGAAUAUUCCCGCUCGAGCGUCGAGACACCUGUUGUGGGAACGGAAUCGAAAGCUUGGAAAAUUCAAGAACCGAGGAAAACUUUAGCUCGAGAAUAAUUCAUGGAAUAUCCGGAAUCGUAAAUUAAAUUACGCUCUUAAAGGGAUCUCCAUGGCUUGUUUCUCCAUCCUUUCACGCGAAAAAAGCGAAUAUAAACAACCAUCGUCGCUUCCUCAAAGUUCCACGAACGAAUCUGUAUGAACUGUGGACGGGUCGAUGACAAACAAAGAGUGCCCCUCUGUCGGGAGAACGAUUCGUGACGAGCGAGCCGAGAAAUCGUCGUGCUUGGAAGCGGAUCCAAACUUGAUGAGAAAGGAGACUUAGGUUAAUCCGUUUCAGAAAUUAUCCGUUGGAAAGAGGGUGGUUGGCUCGCGAUGGGUCGAAAGCAUAAACGCCGCCUGAUACCGGAACAGGAUCGCAGGAUAUGCGGGAGUAUCUGCUUCUGUCAGUUCACUAUUGUGAUCAGUUGUGUCGCGUUGGUUUAUCUAAGCGUGGCGAUCUAUAUGCCGUCCCACAGAGCUUUUCACGCGGGGAUCGAUCCCGAUCCAGUCAUGUGCCAAACCGUUAACACCACCUUAACUAAUAAUUGCGGUUGGGCGAGUUGCGGGGAGUGGUGCUUGACAAGAACCACAGGAUUCUGCCCUCAGAUUCACGCGACCGUAAGAAGGAAUGGAACGGACAUCGUUUUCGAAAAUUGCACGAAAUUCAGCAGCAUAUCUUGCCCGCAGGUGAACUUGGAUUCUCUUAAAAAAUACAAUUGCAACAACGGCAGCGAGUGCAGUGUGCUUUCCGGCGUAUUUAACUGCAGCCUUGGCCACUGCGUGAAUAUAAGCGAGCUGAUGUUGUGCCAUUAUAAGGCAGAUGGCAUUGUCGUGGACAGCGAGAAGGACAACAUGAAACUGAACGGCUUCUUCAGCUGUCACAACUCGAGAUGCACGAAAAUCAAGAGUCCGUUCAGCUGCGAUCGUUAUUGUCCUGAUAUCGUCACGUCGGACGUGAACGUGUUCCUUAUGCAAGAUGACAACAUCGUCACAGCGAAAUGCGAACGUGGCCUGGCAUUGAACAAAGCGAAUGGAAAUCUGCCUGGCGUCAGGCUAACCACGCCUGACCAAUUUUGGGAGGAUCGAAACGGGAGCAUUAUUGUUAGCUGUUUGGCGGUGGACAUAAAGAUGAACGACGUAAGGACACAGGACUGCGUGAACGGCACCUUGUUAAAGGAGAUCCCAUUACCUCAACCAACCAUCAACUUCACGAGUUUUCUGAACAUAUACGAGAAGAGCUUGCAAUAUCCAGUGGAUCCUACGAAUAUCUAUGUACCUGCGCAACGAUCCCUCACGAUCUACAACAGUUCUCGCCUCUACAUCAAUUUCGAGGGUUGCGUCAAUACCCUAAAAGGGGAAUGUAAAGAUUUCCUCGUCACUCACGGCCGAGAUGGCGACAAUCAGACGGCGCAGAGUAGAUAUCCCUGUUACUACAACAAGAACAACUCGCUGUUAGUCGUCGCACGUUUCGACCUGAACAAAACGCGGACGGAAUUGCUGAUCGCCAUCAUCGUGCCGUCCGGCCUGUUCGUCAUCAGUCUUACCACCCUGGUCGUGAUAACGCGAUCGGUACAGGUGGGAGACGACGCGAAGAUGCGUUGCCGCUACUGCGUCGACAAGCAAGAAGUCGAGGGCGAGGACGAAGGGCUCGUCGAGGCUACACCCUCCUCGUCUCAAGGCCAGAUGAACGAGAACGAGAUCAAAAGCAUGGCGCUUUAGCAGUUUAAGGCGUCUGGGGCGAGCACCGUGCUCCGUUACGAGAGGGUGCCAUUGAUAGACACGGACGAAGCCGAGGAUUCCUUUUGAGCGCCCUUUGAUCAGGAUGAUGAUUACAGUGCCGAUGAUCGACGAAAACGAACGAUGAAUGACGAAUUGAGCUCCCUUCGUGGAGAUAAGAUUUUGAAUUUGAUGGAACUGUGGCAAUUGUUGAAUUCAUUUUGUUGAAUUGAUCAAGAUGGACAUCGUUUACAGAUCAAGAUGGAGAUUGAUGGAAAGUGAGUAAUAAAAAUAUGCGGGCAUUAAGAUACGGUUAACUAUGGUAAAACGUGGAAAAAUAAUAUGAAAAAGAAGUAGAAUAAUUUUUUUUUUUUUUUUUUGGUUGAAAUCUAUUUGUCGGGACAAUUCUUGAAAAUAUAAUAUACAAAGAGAAUAAAUUUGAUUCUACAUUUUUUACUUAUUUUUAUACGUAGAAUAAAUUUGAAACUCAUUGACAAAAUGUACACGAGUUAAUCUUACGAUUCGAAAUUUUUCCCUGAUGUUCAAUGUAUAUUGUUAAAAACUGAUUAUUCUUUGUUGUUGUUGUUUGUGGAACAAUAAAAAGUGUAUUCUUCUAUGUGAAAUUGACUGACAUACGUGUAUUUCUUUGUGUGAAAUCGACUGAUAUUAAGGAAGAUUAACGAACUAAAAUCGUGCACUUCGAUUGUGCAAACGCUUCAGCUGUAUCGCACUACGUUUACGAAACCGGUUGAACGCUUUUCGCAAACGAACAUCGACUCGAUUAAUCGCAAUACUUUUAUAAAAAUGUAAAAUGGUACAGUAGACGAUCAAAGAUAUGGUGUUUUAAAUGAAACGUGGCUAUAUAAGAACAAAGGCGUGCAACAAGUGAUUUAAUUGUAAUUGAUGAAAUUUUUUUAAAAAGAAAAAAAGAAAGACUGAUCUUCAUUUAUUUAUUCAUUUUUUUUUCUUUGCUGAGCAUAAUCGUUUUUAAUCCAUCUGAUUUUAUCACGUGUCGAGACAAAUCGAGCAAAUCGGUCGAGUUGUUGAGUUCGAUUGGAAUAUUAUCGAUCAAUUGGCGAAUACGAUUGCAAUUUGUAACAUGUGUUUCUCUUCGUGCAGUUUCCAUACGAGCGCACAAUAUAUAUGUGUUCGAAGUGAAUAUUUUAUUGUUUUCGAUAUUAUUCGAUUCCUGUAUAGGAAUUUUGUCAUUCGUUCAAAGAAGAGAGGAAAAUUAAAAUCCUUGGUACAGCACAAAUAUUUUCGAUGAGAAAUAAAUUUUUCUGUUGAGCGUAUAUCGAAAACAAAAUUUCAGAAUGAAUUAAAAGGAUUUUAGAUCGUCUUCCCGAUGAAAAGAAAAAAAAAAAAGAAAUUGAGGUGCGAGAAAAAGGUUUCAGAAAUCACCCAUAUUAGGGGCCAAAGUAAUCGAACACUUUCACUGCGGAUAUGUUUUAAUUUUUCAUAUUUUUUAAAAGAAUAAAAAAUAUUUUAACUAUAAUAUUCGAAUUUCUCAAUUUUAUUCGAUGAACAAAUAAAAUAUCAUUCUGAUUAAUUAAAAUUAUUAUUGAAAAUUAUGUUUUUACAGAAAAUUGAUUUUCACGCAGUGAAAAAAAAUAAUAAUUAAAUAAUUAUUUAAUCGAACAUUUGUAUACAUCUUAUGAAUAUUUAUAUCAUCACCGAUGUCUUGAAUAAUUCGCGAACUACUUUAAAUAUUUGAGCUACCGCGAUAUUCAAUUCGCAUAAUUCUUAAAAAGCCAACUUUCUUAAAUAUCUUAAAUUAAAGAAAGUACCUCCUUUUACUUCGCCUUCGAUGAAGAAAGUUUUUUUUUAAAAAAUUAACGAUAAGACUUACUUCUAAGAUAAUUACCCAAUUGAAAAUUCAAUAUCACGAUCAAAGAAAGAAGCUUCGCAUUAAAUUUCGUAAAUUUGGUAAAUAAUUAAAGAAUACACGCGAUAAGUAUUUUCUUGAUGUACAAAAUAAAUCUCGUAGAAGUGGGAAGGGUGGUGGGAAAAAAGAGGAGACAUUUACAAAUGAAAAUGAGACACGCAACUCGCGCAACAAUAGUAUUAUUAAUCUGUUAAUUGUAAAAAUAAAAAAAAAAAAUUCGUGUUUCUGCGUGAUUGUUGAUAAUUUAAGACACGAUGAAAAUAUGCCACGAUGAUGCUUUCGGUGUGUAAGGUAGAUUAGAAUUUAUUCUGUAGAAGUUAUUCGUUAGGUUUCCAGUUUUCGAGCGUACACUGAAACCGAUUUAACCUCGGUUGAUCUCGAGUUUCGACUGUCAACGAACGUACACAUUAUAUUUCACACUUUGAUAGUGUUGUAAAACAAAAUAUAGAAUAUAAACGAAUAGGGAUUAAAUAAUUAUUACCAUUGUUUUAGCAAUAUUUCGAACGUUACGAUUUUCUAUAGGAAAAUCAAUGGUGUCCUUCAUUUCAGAUGAUUGAAAUUGAAUAUUUUUAUUUAGCCCUUGAAAUUGAUAUGGUAUCGGUAAUAUUAUGAUAAAUUUUAUAUAGAAAUUAUUCGUGAUAAAUUUUGCUUUAUUCACAAUUUAAUAAUAGCAGUAUUAUUUGAAUGAACGACACCAUAUCUCUAGCAUAAAAAUUUCUAUUUACGAAACAAAUGUAAAUAUAACGUAUAUAUUAAUCAGGAACAAGUAUGAUAGCUGUUACGCGAAUAAAUGUGUCAUUCAGCAGUUGUUGCUUCAAGCUGUUCAUUGUUAAUCACGUUAUGUAAUACAAUUUGAAAUAUCUAGUACUUGUAAUAUGUCAAUAUUGAUUUAAACGAAUUUAGAUCAUUAAAUUUACUUUGAUAUAAAAUUAUCGUAUCAUCGUUAGUAGUAUCAAAAUUUUAAACAAAUUUGUUUGAAACACGAUCUCUUUCUUUCUCGAAUCAAAAUCUUUAUUUGAAGUGUAAUUUAUUUACUUUUUCUUGUGUUUACGAAAUACUGUAGAUCAUAAGCUAUGAAAGUUAAAUGUAAAAAAGAAAAAAAAAGAAGAAUAUUGUAUUCUCAACAAAUGUAAUAUACGGACAAACAAUAGAGUGACAAAUUUUCAGAUUCAUAAUAAAUUUCUACGUGCCUUCUUCCGUUUAUGCUAAAAUCGAUAAACUAUAAUCACUCGUGUCUUCGAAUAUAGCGUAACUCUUUCGUUAUAAAUUACCACGAAUCAAAACUAUUCUUAUGGGAAGAAUCUCUGUACAAAAGUAUCAAAAAAUAUCAAAUGGGAACAAUAAAAUAGAAGCUCGAAUCAACUAUAAAUUUAUACAAUUGUUAUAUAAAUUAAACUUGAAGAAAAGACGAGCCAAACGAAUUUCUUGAAUUGAACAGCGAAAGGGUUAAGUGAAUUGCGUUUAAAAUAAUAAUAAUAAUAAUAAUAAACAACAACAAUUUGAAUAAAUCUGUACUUAUACAAAUAAAUAAUAUAUAUAUAUAUAUAUAUUUAUGUUAUUCGUUUAUCGUCUGAAUAUAUUUGUAAUGGUAUAUAUGUAUGAGAUAAUGACAACUUGUAUGUGUCGUUUAUAAUAAAAUAAUUGUUUACUAAAAA